AUGUCCGCAACGUCUCCCGUCUUCACCACUGCCCUCGAGGGUGCCAGCGUGCACCGGCGCGGCAAGGUCCGCGACAUGUACGAGUUGGGCGACCACCUGCUGAUGGUGGCUACCGACCGUAUCUCGGCGUACGACGUCGUUCUCGACUCGCUCAUCCCGGACAAGGGCGCAGUGCUGACCCGGUUGUCGGCCUUCUGGUUCAACCGCACGCGCGACAUCGUGCCGAAUCACAUGGUCUCCACCGAUCCGGGGACGUACCCGGUUGCGGUGCAAGCGGACGCCGGCAUCUUGGCCGGCCGCUCGAUGUUGGUCAGGCGCACGCGGCCGGUGCCUGUCGAAUGCGUCGCGCGAGGCUACCUGGCCGGUUCCGGCUGGCGCGAGUACCGCGAGACCGGCCGCGUCUGCGGCGUGGAGCUGCCGGCCGGCCUGCGCGAGUCCGACCGUCUGCCGCGGCCGAUCUUCACGCCCGCGACGAAGGCGGAGAGCGGACACGACAUCAACAUCAGCGAAGAGGAGGCCGGGCGCAUCGUCGGUGCGGAGCUCGUUGCGCGCCUGCGGGACCUGACCCUCGAGCUCUAUUCUCACGGAGCCGCGCACGCGGAGGAGCGCGGCAUCAUCGUCGCCGACACGAAGUUCGAGUUCGGCCUCGCCCCGGACGGCGCCGCUGGCGAGAUUGUGCUGAUCGACGAAGCGCUGACCCCGGAUUCGUCGCGGUUCUGGCCCAAGGAUCGCUACGCGCCGGGGCGGGGACAGUCCAGCUUCGACAAGCAGUACGUCCGCGACUACCUCGACGAAAUCCAGUGGAACCGGCAGCCGCCGGCGCCGGCGCUGCCGCCGGACAUAGUGGAGCGGACGCGCAACAAGUAUCGGGAAGCAUAUCGCCUGUUGACCGGCACCGCGCUCGACUGA